CUGGGAGAAGUAGGCAGGCACCUCCUCAGUCGUGGUCCUCCUCCGGUGUCCUCCCCCGGUGUCCUCGCGUCCUCGGCGGCGGACUCCCCUCGGACCAGCCCUGUGUGCAUGUGGAGGUUCUACCGCCAUGUAACAAGCAGGACAACCGACCCCUUCUCCCCCCAGGACGGACACACAACACACACACAAUGGCCGUCGAGAACGUCAGCGUGGUGUUCAAGCUGUACUGCCUGACGGUGAUGACCCUGGUGGCGGCCACGUACACGGUGGUGCUCCGGUACACCAGGACCAUCUCCUCCGGGGACCUGUACUUCUCCACCACGGCCGUGUGCAUCACCGAGGUCAUUAAACUCGUCCUGAGCCUGGGCAUGUUGACAAAAGAGACGGGAAGCCUGAGCCGGCUGAAGAACGCCCUGGUGGAGCACGUGCUCUACAGCCCCAAGGAGCUGCUGAAGCUCAGCGUGCCCUCGGUCGUCUACGGAGUUCAGAACAACAUGGCCUUCCUGGCCCUGAGCAACCUCGAUGCUGCAGUGUAUCAGGUGACCUAUCAGCUGAAGAUCCCGUGCACGGCCCUGUGCACGGUCCUCAUGCUGAACCGCUCUCUGAGCCGGCUGCAGUGGUUCUCUGUCUUCAUGCUCUGCGGAGGAGUCACACUCGUACAGUGGAGGCCUGUUGAAGCCACCAAAGUCCAGAUCGAGCAAAAUCCUUUGGUUGGCUUCAUGGCCAUCGCCAUUGCUGUCAUCUGCUCUGGAUUUGCAGGUGUUUACUUUGAGAAGGUGCUGAAGAGCUCCGACACGUCUCUGUGGGUGAGGAACAUACAGAUGUACCUGUCGGGCAUUGUGGUCACACUGAUGGGAGUUUUCAUGAAGGACGGUGAAAACGUCCUGGAAAAAGGCUUCUUCUUCGGCUACACGCCCUGGGUGUGCUUUGUAGUGUUGCUGGCCAGUGUGGGAGGUCUGUACACGUCGGUGGUGGUGAAGUACACGGACAACAUCAUGAAAGGCUUCUCCGCUGCGGCCGCCAUCGUCAUCUCCACUGUGGCAUCUGUCAUCUUGUUUGGUCUGAAGAUAACUAUCACAUUUGCCUCUGGUGCCUUCCUCGUGUGCGUCUCCAUCUACCUGUAUGGACUUCCAAAGCUAGACACGUCCAAUCUGAGCCGGAAGGACGCAGAGUCCAAACAGAAACUGAUCACUGUGUGAGUGAGCGAGCUGCAGCAGGACCAGGUGUGCUGGACGGCGUGUGGAGGUCAAGAGGCUCCGCCCUCGGGGGAUCAGGGAGCCGAUCCAGCUGUUUUCCAGAUGAACACUCGGUUGGACUCGCUCCGUUUUCAGUUCAUCACGUCGACGACAGCUUUCGUUACACUUCUAUGUUUCAAUCCAGCUCACCAGAAAUCGUAGUUUUUUUUAAAUUUUAUUAAGUCAAAUUCAUAUUUGAUUAUUUUUUAAAGUUUGUAAAUAAUGUGAGGCAAUCAGUGAAGUAUUGUUUUCAUCUUCAACCACGCUGGAGUGAAAUGAUUCAACUAUAUACACGUUUACUUUGGGGCCUCCAUAUAUUUUAUCAGAGGCGUUUGAAUAUCAUAACUCCUUCUAACAGAGUUAUUUUAAUUAGUCGAUUUUAAAACCGGUCUCUUAUGCUCAUAACCACAUACUGCUGAUUCUCAACAGGCCCACGCCACAGGAGAACAAACAUGGAAAGGAGAAGGUUGCAUGUGUGAUGUUUAAUAUCUUCACUGUCUCGUGUCUUUCGUAUCAGAUCUGUGUUGGAUUCUGCUUUGUUUUAAAGCUAUUAUUAAAUUUCAAUGGAAAUAUGUUACAAACAAA